CGCACCAUGCGCUCCGCCGCCAAACUCAGCCGCAUCCUCCUCCUCCUCCUCCUCCUGCCGCCGCCGCCCGCCGCCGCCUACUUCGGCUUGACCGGGAAAGAAGCUCUGACCCACUUCCCCUCGCUGGGCGCCCCGGGGGGCUCUGCUCCGGGGAAGGGGCACGUGAAGCAGUGCGAGCUGCUCCAGCUGUCCCGCAAGCAGAAGCGGCUGUGCCGGAGGGAGCCGGGGCUGGCGGAGACGCUGCGGGACGCGAUCCGCCUCGGGAUCCUGGAGUGCCAGUUCCAGUUCCGCAGCGAGCGCUGGAACUGCAGCCUGGAGGGCCGGCCCAGCCUGCUCAAGAGAGGUUUUAAGGAAACAGCCUUCCUGUACGCCGUGUCCUCGGCCGCGCUGACGCACUCCCUGGCGCGGGCGUGCAGCGCGGGGCGCAUGGAGCGCUGCACCUGCGACGACUCCCCGGGCCUGGAGAACCGCAAGGCCUGGCAGUGGGGCGUCUGCGGGGACAACCUCAAGUACAGCACCAAGUUCCUGAAAAAGUUCCUGGGGCAGAAGAGGAUCGGCAAAGACCUGCGGGCCAAGGUGGACAUCCACAACACCAACGUGGGCAUCAAGGCGGUGAAGAACGGCCUCAAAACCACGUGCAAGUGCCACGGCGUGUCCGGCUCCUGCGCCGUCCGGACGUGCUGGAAGCAGCUCUCGCCUUUCCACGAGAUCGGGCGGCUCCUGAAGCUGCGCUACGACGACGCCGUCAAGGUCUUCAGCACCAGCAACGACGCCGUGGGACACUCGGAGCUGGCGGGGCCGCACAGGCACGGCCACUCCGCCAAGCACCCCGCCCUGCCCCGCCCCACGGACCUGGUGUACGUGGAGGACUCCCCCAGCUUCUGCCGGCCCAGCAAAUACUCCCUGGGCACCGCGGGGAGGACCUGCUCCCGGGAGGGCAACUGCGACAGCAUGUGCUGCGGGAGGGGCUACAACACCCAGAGCCGGCUGGUGACCUUCUCGUGCCACUGCCAGGUGCAGUGGUGCUGCUACGUGGAGUGCCAGCAGUGCAUGCAGGAGGAGGUGGUCUACAGCUGCAAGCAGUAGGGACAGCGCCCGAGGGGCGAGGCAAGUGCAGGGAAGCAGCAGGGGGACAGGGACACGACUCUCUGCUGCGGGGAGAGGGCAAAGGCCAGCACCAAACGCGUGCUGUGCUCCUCUCGCCUCGCUGUUGAGAUGCUCCAGCCUGGGGAGAGCCCCUGCGUGAGGGGGGAAAAGCAGAGGCUUUGUGGGGUAUCGGGUCAGGAAGGAGGGACAGAGAGCAGGGGGAAUGUGGGGACUGCAGAAACCCUGAUGCAGCCACAAAUAUCCCUCAAGUUCAAACUUGUACUCAUCUCUACAGCAAUAUCCUCCUCCUCCAUCCCUCAGGUGCAGUCCUGGAAAUGCAUCAGGGUGGUGACAUUGGGACUCUGAGGGCUUGUGCCCUGGCUCCUGGAGAGAAGAGAAUUGAGGGACUGGGGAGGCCACAACCAGAGAGAGACUGGCUCCAGACGUAGCAGGGACAGCCGUGCUCCCGCACCAAGGCACAGAAGGACUCUGGCAGUGGGGGAUUCCCAGCGCCAUUCCCUGGGAGCUGUGAGCUCACAGACACACUGCCGAAUAAUCUCAUUUUGACACAGAAAUUGUGCCUCAGAAGUACCAGUUUACAAACAAAGGGAGCUCACGUCCAUCACCUCCCAGGUCUGUAGUUCGGAUGUUGGACUCCAGGUGCAUUUUCACCACGUUUUAACCUUGCUGUUCCAGGUCACAUGGAACAGCCUGUUUGAGCCACAGGAACUCAGCUGAGGGCUGUGAAGUCACCCCUCUGCAGCACGUGGCCUCACAGAGGGGUAUUUAUGGGUGGUGAUCCAGGGUGAUGGUGCCAGUUAUGCAUCUCUCUCCCUCCUUUCCCCCAGUCAAUCAAUCAAUCAAUCAAUCAAUCACCUUUUUGUCCUAUGUGCAGCAUACUCUACCUGGUGCCCUAGGUGUGUGACAUCCCACAUCCUGCCCUGUGCCAGUGACAGGUAAAGCUUCUGAAAGGGAAUUAGGAACCACGGGAACUGGGCUGUCUGAAAUAUGUGCAGGUCAUGAGUGACAAUCCCUGCCCUGAGGAGCUGGGUAUAAGCAGCCCCUGCAGGUGUGAGGGAAGGUCACCUGGGGAAAGAGCACAGGCCACUUUGGAGUCAUGAGCCCCUGACUUUGAGCCUUGUUUUUCCAGUGGGCUUUUAGCUGAACACGCCAGACACAGCCUGUUUAGUUCCUCUGGCUGUGAUUUAGAGAGCAGUUUUGGGAAUGGCAGUGAGGCACCCCCUGACCUGGCCACCAGGUAAAUGCAGGUGUGUGUGGCACAACCUCUGUGGGUGUUCAGCUCACAGUGUAUAUGUGACAGUGUAUUUUCCUGCUCCAGGGGUUUUCUUGGUUAAUCCUGCAGCAGCUCUGGAUCGUCCCUGAGGUAAAAAAUCUGCUGUAUUUACUCAGUCUUGGCAAUGGGCACAAACCAGCCAGAGUGGAGAUGGGCUGGUGCUGCAAAGAAUAUGGGAAUCCUUAAGCUCAAUUCAAAAUUCAGUGGCAAGGUACGGGGUGAAGAUGCUGGUUUGGGUUGCUAGACAGGCUCAUCCACAGGCAGAAUUGUGCUGAAUUCCAAUGGGAUGGAGUUCUCCUCAGAGGUGUGGGAUGUGCCCUGUGUGCUCAGCUCUGCAGUGUGGAUCUGCUGGAGCUGGGCAGCUCAGCCGCUCCUUUCCAUCUGCUCCGAGCAAUUCCCCCGCAGUGAGGAGUGUCAGCUCAUGCUCUCUUUACCCUGACUUUGUUGCCCUUUUGGUUUUUACAACUAUUUUUGACUCUUGCUCCCUCCAGGGCUGGCACAGAACAGUCUCAGAGCAGAUCAAGCCAUUAACUGGCUGUUUGGAGGCCGCUCAGAGCUUCCCUCUCACCAGCUACAGGUCUUUUAAAGGGCUUAUUCCUUUUCAUCCCUUUUCUGGCUCAAAUUGACUUGAACUGAAUUAAAGAGUUUAUGACAGACAUAAUACUGCAAAUAGGCUUAAUUAGCCUUAUUUUUUUUACCUCCUAAAUACCCAAGAGGAGACCAUUAUUUUUAUGUUGCUUCUAAUCCUUUUGGAGUUGAAAUCUUCCCACGAGUCUCAAUUUUGAGCUCUCAAUGAAAAAGCUUCCAAAUAAGCUAAAAUUGGCAUCGUGGGUGAAGUGAGCAGGGAACUCACUCUGGCUGAACUAUUGAUCCCAAAACCUCUGCCCCACUGACCUCCAGCCUUGUCUAGCAUCAGAGGGGAAGGGAAUACCCCAUCCCAGGAGGGUCCUUUGGGUCCCAUCCAAUUACAUGGAUCAUUCCCAUUUAAACAUGGACUGGGGCUCUGUGGAAGGAGGUGGGAGCACAGCUGGAUCCCAUUCCUUGGGAAGCAAGUGGAGAAGACACCACUCUGUCCUCUUGCUUUUAUCAAAGCUGCGCAGGAAUUGCUGAAUAAGAACUGGACAAAACUGUAUUUCAGGGAAAAUUAAGUUUCUUCAGGUACCAAAGGGAACUUCUAGAAAUCCUUUGUCCUGUGUGGCUCAGAGCUGCUGGAGAAGAUCUGAGGAAGGGAUGGUUCAUUCUCUGGUACCCUGGGGUGGGUUUGGGCUCAGUGGGAUGUGGAGGUUUGGCAUCGGGCUGGAGUGAAUUUGGUUUGUUCACUGUUAAGCCAGGUCUGGACAAGGACAUCUGAUGUCCCCCAGCUUUGCUCUGGUUAACUCAGAGCCCUUUUCUGCCCCUCCUGACACCACUGCAAACCUUCCUGUCCAACCCCUGCCAGGCAGCACAGCCUCAGGCACUGGAAGCCAAAUGAUGAACACUGAUGGGAAAGAAGUAAUUUCAAUGUCUGAUUUGAGGAGUGGGGGGAAAGACUUGAGCGUAGUUUGAGUUUGAGGCAACACUGAUGACAGUCCUUUUGGUGUCCUUCAGCACCAAGGUUUUUAGAGGUGGUGCUAUGGAUAAGGGAGGGACAAAGUUUGCUUGGGAGAGAUACCUUGGUGGCUUUGGGGUUUUUUUUUCAUUCAGUUGCCCAGGGGGGUUUUACUGGGUUGAUAUUCCAAAAUGGGAUUUAAUUCAACUGACAGCAGUGGGAGCAGGGAGCAAAACCUGUGUUUGGCCCUUGAUAUUCUUAGGCUUGAAUUGUAUUUUCCUCUGAACCAAGACCAAGCAUCAUCUUGAGCAAAGCUCUUCUGCCACCUCCUGGAGAUCUGGGCUGUGAGGACCUGGGAGUCCAUUUGGACCUGGGAGAGCUUUUUAGUCAUGCCACACAUCUUACAAUGUACUAUAAAUCCUGUGGGUUUGGUUAGAUGUGUAAAUUACUGGAAUGACAGGCUGGAGAUACAAGGAGAUCACAUUUAAGUCUUGACAAAAAUCUUCUUGGCAGCAAAGUUGAAAGCUCAUACCCUGCCUAUUAAAAAAAAACAUUUUCCAAGUGCAAAUGUACCUCAGUGGCUACUGAUGGUCAAAGUCUGAGCUGCACAGGCUUUGCUGGGAGUGGUUUGGUUUGGACUGAAUCUUUUCCUCUGCACCUAAAAUUCAAAUAACCUGGGAAUAGCCAUAGCUCCAAUACCCCUAACCAAGGUCCUCACUGCCCACAGAGGGGCUACAGUGCUCACACAGGUCAGUCCCUGGCCCAGGCCCUGUCCUGCUGUGGACUUCCUAGUCCAGCUUUUAUUACCUUUCCUGGUGUGCUGUGGUGCUGGGCUUGGUAGUCAUGGGUCCAGCAUGCUUGUUGCAGGGGGGAAAUAGAAAUCCAUCAUCCAUCCAUCCAUCCAUCCAUCCAUCCAUCCAUCCAUCCAUCCAUCCAUCCAUCCAUCCAUCCUUCCCUUUUGACAAGGGCAUGGAGUGACAGGACAAGGAGGAAUGGCUUCCCAGCACCAGAGAGCAAGGUUAGAUGGAAUACUGGGAAGGAAUUCCCCCCUGUGAGGGUGGGGAGGCCAUGGCACAGGGUGCCCAGAGCAGCUCUGGCUGC